AUGGACAACAUUGCGUGCCGGUACAUUUUGGCCCCAUCGCGCAAAAAGUUGUCGACCAAGUUGUUGCGGUGGUUGGGGUACCUUUCGGAGUUCCGGUUCGAAGUCCUACACCGCGCAGGUGCAGCAAACGUCGUCGCUGACGCUUUGUCCCGGACAGCAGAACGCCACGACACGUCGAUGGUAACCCGAGAUCUUGCGGUGAUGUGUGGGGAUUACACCUUUGCGGCAGCUACCAGACAGCACUCUAGAAACACCAACGUCAGCCCGACACCAAGAUCUAACACGUCGUCAAUUCUUUUCGCCCUGCUGCAUACUCAAGCGAUCCGACUCUCAAAGCCGACUAGAAACGUUUGUCCCAAGGUCAGACCGUGGCGAGAUUUGAACUGA